GUCACGCGGGACGGGUGUAUCGCCUCUCUGCGCGAAAUCGUCGAAGUCCAAUACGAUAUUAAUGUUCGCGUGAUAUUGCGAUGCUGUGAAUGUUAUCCUGAUGCCAUUGAAGCCAUGAUAUUCAAAGCGGGAGGGAAGCCUCCGGGCAAGAGUCCUCCAAAGACAGAAGAAAGGGAAAAUAAGGAGAAUUGCGUAAAAGAAAGUUGCGACCGAUGCCCGGGGGAUCCGUGGGUUUAUUGUGCAGUGUUGUGGUGUGCGUGUGCUAUGAGCCUGAUCUCAAGCGGGUACAGCCUAUACAGGCAACAGGGACUUCAAGAUAGACUUGGCUUGCUGGAGGAACAGCACCGGGCGCUUCGAAGCGCGGUGUUGGAGCCGCAGCAGCCGCUCGUGGAGAGGCUUCGACGGGAGGCUCGGGUCCCGCACUGGAGAGCAACUAGGAGCAUACGUGAUUAUGGUGAUUGCGGCUGUCCACCAGGGCCGCCAGGACCGCCUGGAAAGAGAGGGAAGAAAGGAAAGAAGGGUGAUACUGGAGAACCUGGACCAGCAGGGUUGAUGGGAGCACCGGGCAAAAAUGGAUUUCCGGGGAGCAAGGGCGAGAAAGGCGAACGCGGCUUCAUGGGUCCAAUUGGGUUAGAUGGGCCAAAGGGAGAUCCGGGCCGACCCGGGGAUAAAGGGCAUAAAGGCGAACAUGGCAGUCCCGGUUUUGAUGUAUUUUCAGCGGUCAAGGGCGUGAAACGCUCCGUUGACAACUAUAAGAUGAGCCCGUACACCACCGCAGAGAUUAUCGCUGUCAAGGGUGAACCCGGAGAACCAGGGCCUCCAGGUGCACCUGGGCCGCCCGGAUCUGACGGAAUUGCAGGCGCCGAGGGCCGCCUUGGUCCUGUUGGAGCUCCCGGACCCGCAGGACCCAUUGGACCGGCUGGACCCCCUGGCCCCAUUGGACCUGUUGGACCCCCCGGACCUAUAGGACAUAAGGGAGAUCGCGGUGACAAAGGCGAGCGCGGCUACACUACGACGUUGAAGGGCGAUGCCUUCCCCACUGGAAUUAUCGAAGGACCACCUGGCCCCCCUGGACCUCCCGGUGUGGCAGGCACGGCGGGCCCUCGUGGUCCCCCAGGUCUGGACGGACGGCCCGGUGAUCCAGGUGUACCUGGACCCCCAGGAAAACCGGGUGAAAUAGGUCCUAAAGGCGGAAAAGGUGACUACGGAGACAUGGGAUCGCCGGGAAUGCUUGGUGCACCUGGUUUGCCUGGACCACCCGGAUAUCCAGGUCUCAAAGGGGAAAAAGGAGAUAAAGGAGAUUCGAAAUACAGGAAACUACGUCGGAGACAAAACUUGCAGGGCGAUGGGACAGGAUACGAGCUGUAUGGACAUGAUAUUAUGAUGGGCCCUCCGGGUGCUCCAGGCCCAGCUGGACCACCUGGAGUCGCCGGGCCUCCCGGCAUCAAGGGCGAUAAGGGGGAUCCUGGCAUUCGAGGAAAAUCGGGUGAGCGUGGAGAGAAAGGUGACCCUGGACCAAUGGGACUUCCGGGUCCCGUUGGUCUACCGGGCGAAACAGGAGAACCAGGACGACACGGAGAGCCGGGGCCUCGAGGUGCACAAGGCGAGCCAGGCGGCAAAGGCGAAAGAGGAGAUCCCGGUCUACCCGGAACAGAUGGAAUACCUGGAACCGAGGGGCCCAAGGGUGAGAAGGGUUACAAAGGAGAGGCCGGUCCUCUUGGAAAGCGUGGACGAAAGGGCGACAAAGGAGAUCGUGGUGAGCAAGGCGUGCCUGGCCUCGAUGCGCCCUGCCCGCUCGGUCCUGAUGGUUUGCCGCUACCUGGUUGUGGCUGGCGGCCCUCUAAGGAGGCGGCUCGGCCAAUGGUGAAUAGUGCAGAGGAACGGGGAGUAGACAGGGGAGUUGGGGUAGAAGAGGAUAUCGGGGAAGAGGAGGUAGAAGAAGGCGAGUAUGAGGGACCUGACGACACCCGCGACUAUGAAGACUACAUCGAUCCUGCACUGCAGCUACGGCAUUGAUCAUCUACAAGGCCAUUCGGUCCUUACACGUUACAGGAAACUCUAGCCGCGUGGGUUCGACGGCGGUUGGCGUUGGACGACAACGAACUGCCCUAAUCAUCCCUUCAUCCAGACACCGCACACUGCAUCACAGGAGUCUCUUGUUUUUAAAGAUUCUUGGCCAUCCAAUACUUGUUGAUUGUUAAUUAUGAUUGACUGAAUUGUUACAUACUAAUAUACUGAAUGCAAUCAGUUAAUAUUGGUACAAAUUCUGAUAAACAUAAUAAUAUUAAUUUUUAGUAUAAAAUUCCAGAAAUCACUUAGAUAUUCAAUUGUUAUUCCUACUAAGUAGUACUAAAUCAGAAUUUGCAUUAUUUAUUUAGUUUGCCUACUCAAAAAAAACAUUACUCUAGUAGUAAAGAUCGCCUAAAAUAUAUGUCUUAAAAUCAAUAACUUCAGGUAGUAUUCAAAUUAACACGACUAAGCUCGUCAUUUUAUUAUAACUUGCCGAUUCACAGGAUAAACCCAAUAUGUUUACUCAUUAUUUAAUUUGCCUCAGCCGUGCAAUAAUUAUUAUUGUUUAUUAGUUUCAUUCUUAUCAAAUGAGGAAAACCAUAUACUGUGUGUAUUAAUAUAAUAUACAUGACCUUGAUAUUACAAAGAUGAACCUAUUAAAACACGCUUUGAUUACACAUAAAUAAUCAAGUUGGUUUUUACACCCGCCUUUAUACAAACUGUGGAUAACGUCUUAGGAAUAAUUGUUAUUAUGUAUAUAGAUUGUAGGAAUAAUCUUUCCAAUUUGAUUUUUGUAGGAUAUGCGUAGACAUUACUGCCAUAUUUCAGUUACAUGAGCUACUCUGUAAACGCAACGAUUUUAAAUUAUUGCUAAUAGCUUAUCUAGAAAGGGCGAAUUCGUCGCGAUUCUCUCGCGCGUAUUACGCGCGACCGUUGCGUCCACAAGGUGCGUAUCAACGCGCGAGCUAUA